AGGGCGGCCAUGUGCCCAAAUUGAUUGAAGAAAAUGACAAGGCCUGCAACGGUGGGCUCUUACCUCUUGAAUGAUACCUCAAAUGCGAUAGAGACGCAACGGCUCAACUUUCGAGCCUCUUCCACGCUGCGGCCGACCGCUAGCGCCCUUCCCUUCACAGCCAAUCAGUACUCAAGCGCAGAAUCGCGUGUUUCGCGUCUUCUCCGUCAAGCAUUGAUUGAGUGGAGUUGGAGGUGAAGCAUUCACAUUCACAUUCACCCCGCACUCAUUCAGGAAAUGCCUCCCUUCCGUGAUGACCAGAUCUUCAUCAUCGCCCCCGGUUCCGAAACCACCCUCGCCCAACUCGGCCUCCCCGAGUCGUUCACCCCCGCCCGCUACCGCCUACGCUCGCGCAUGUUCCGCGCCGAAAAGGCGGGCGAAUACGAACCCAUCAAGAUCCGACGGAAAGAGAAAGCGCCCCCUGCACCCACACCCGCACCCACCGCGCCCGUCAACGGUCUCGCUCCAGCACCCAAUGGCGCAGGCUCCAAACCAGAAACCACCGCGCCCAACGAUGACGACGAAUGGGAAGAAGAUCGGGUAUCAGAAGAAGGCGCCGUCUGGCCCAUCCGCGGCGGGAAAGUCGUCGACUGGCCCUGCUUCUACGCCCUCAUGACCCACGUCUACAACUACGUCAACCCGCCCUUCCACACCCCUAUCCUCCUCGUCUCACAACCCGUAUGGACGCCCAAAGAGCACGAGAAGGUGACGCAGUUCUUCUUCGAGAAGUUCAAAGUCCCCGCUUUCACGAUGGUGGACUCGGCCAUGGCGGCUUCCUACGCUUAUGGUCUUACGACGGCGACGGUGGUGGAUGUGGGGUUGAGUAAGGCGGAUAUCACGUGUAUCAGCGACUCGGUUUUGCAGGAUAUCGGACGAUCGAUCGCUGUACCGGAUUGUGGAGGCGAGGCGAUGACGGAGCGAUUGAUGGAGUUGCUUAACCUGCGGAAAGGCUUUACACGCGAGGUCUGCGAGCAGCUAAAGAAAAGCAAUAUCUGCGAAGUACUACCUUCUGACUUCGAUAUACCUACCAACGACUCGGUCGGCGGCGACGCGCACUCCGCCAAUCCAGCAGCCGCAGCGUCGACAGGCGCAGAUGGUGUACCGCCAGGCAAACGAAAACAAUCCGUCGUCGCGGACUUACCACGAGGACCGGGCCCGAACACGCAAGUCGGCGAGGAGAAGAAGCUAGAGGACGAAGAAGGCGUGCUCGAUAUCGCCAGCAUCGUCACGGGCGGCAAUAUGAGCGAGUACCUCGCGCAGAAGGAACGGGAGAAGCAGGAGAAGGCUGCUGCGCGACAGGCCAAAAAAGCCGGCACGGCAGGCGCAGCGGCAGCGAGGAUCAUACGCCUACCGAACAACAAACGCACGCGGAAUACCUUCGUGUAUGAGGACUUCGCCCUCCACGACGCGAUGAAGAAGGCCGGGAUGAGCAAUCAAAACAUGGCCGACAUGCAAUCCGCCAUGGAUUUCGACAGCAGUGGCGGCACGGGACCGAACGCAGCGAAACGCCAAAAGACUCCCGAACCCCAAAGCGCCGUCUCCGACAAGCCACCCCCGGACGCCGAGCUACUCGCCAGUCCCGGAUCCAACGGUAGCGGUUUCCGCCGCGAGAUCGAAGUCGGCCCCGAACGCUUCCAAGCCGCCUCGGGAGGGAUCUUAGAUCGACUUGCGGACGCUAUACACCGGACAAUCCAGUCCUGCAUUGAUGUCCACCGGAGGAGCGAGUUGUGGGAGAAUCUGGUUGUCGUGGGGAAUGGAGCGAAGGUACGAGGGUUCAAGGAGGCGUUGGUGGAGGUGUUGAUGCGGAAAUUCUUGGUCAGUCCGUCUAGUGCGACGAUGUUUGUGAGUGAAUUGCCGAGUCGGAUGAGUACGCCGGGCGGGACGGGGACGAGUACGCCCUUGCCACUUUCGCAUCAUGGUGGUGGGGGUGUGAACCCGUUACUCCUUGCGGCCACGACGGCGCAGAAUCCGGGUCUACUUCACCCCGGCGGAGUAUCGUCGUCAGCGUCCGCAUCGGCUUCGGGAUUACUAGCGCCUCAGCAACACCCGCACAGCAUGCAUUCCUCCCACGCACAAACGCCCACGAGCAUCAAACUCGCGAAGAUCCCCGAGUACUUCCCCGAGUGGAAGGAGGUCGGGUAUGAGGAGGCGCAGUUUUUGGGCGCGCAGGUGGCGGGGCGGGUGUUGUUUGUUGUGGAUCCGGCUGCGAGUGGAGGGGCAGGGGGAGGGGGGAGUAAGGGAUAUAUGAGUCGGACGGACUACAAUGAGCAAGGGCCUGGGGGUGUGCAUGAGGUUUGUCUCUAG